AUGGAUCAAAAUCUGAGUAGUGAAGCGUGGGAUAUAACAGGAAAUGGGAAAAAUAUCUUCUGGAUGGUUCCAUAUAUUUUCCGAGAUGAUGAUUCGGUAACGAUAGAUCAUCGGGUCAAGUAUGUUUUAGUCGCCAUUCAAGUUAUUUUCUUUCCUGUCCUCGCCAUCAUUGCUCUUCCCGUGAACACGGUGACCAUAUUGGUCCUGUCUCGGGGAAAGUGCGGCCUCUCCAGAGCUGUCACUUACUACCUGGUUGCCAUGGCAGUGGCGGAUCUUCUGUUUCUUAUCCUGGACCUGAUACUCAGCAAGAUUCUGAUUGCGUACUUGCCAGUGGAAGUUGUCGUCUGGUCAUUCCGCAUGCCGGUCUGUAAUAUCCACGCUGUUUUGCUUUACAGCGUCACCGACUCUUCGGUCUGGUUCACAGUUGCUUUCACGUUUGAUCGAUUUAUCGCAAUAUGUUGCCAGAAGCUGAAAAGGAAAUAUUGCACCUGGAAAACUGCAGCCGUGGUCUUGGGGGCAGUGGCAGUGAUCAGCCAUUUAAAGGAUCUUUACUGGUAUUUUAGUCUCUUCGGAUAUUACUCGUGGAUAAUUGCUCCAUUCAUUUGUCUGAACAGGGUGCAUUAUUUGAAUUUAUAUAUCGGGAUGCAAAUUGAUCUCUUUUAUUACUUCCUCAACCCUGUUAUCCCAUUUGAGCUGGUUCUCCUGAUGAAUUGCUUAACUGUCAGACAUGUCUUACUCGCCAGCAGGGCCCGCAGGAGACUUCGCUCUACCGGCAGCGGACAAAGUGCCAAAGACCCGGAGAUGGAAACUCGCAAGAAGUCCCUUAUUUUACUCUUGGUUAUCUCCGGAAAUUUCAUCCUGCUAUGGGCACCUUUCACGGUGUAUUCCGCGUGGAAUCGGCUGUACUUUACCACGUCUGUGCGUCCGCCCGAUUCCCUACGAGAGCUGGGCAUCAUUCUGCAGCUUCUGAGCUGUUGUACGAACACGGACCUUUACACUGUUACACAGAACAAGUUCAGGCAGCAGCUAAAGAUUGUGGUAAAAUCUCCGCUCGCGCUCAUUGUUGCGAGGAAGCUGUGA